GACCCGGAGAGGUAUUGGCAGCAGAGACAAGUUUCCGUCGAAUUUCCUUGUUUGUUGGAGUUGUAAAUAACGCGUCAUCAAUUGCAGCUGGAGUGGUGAGAUCAUCUAGCUUAUCUUGAAGAGACGUUAUGUCACAAUUACGAAGGGAAAAAGUGUCCUUGAAAAACGAUUCAGCAUUUUCAAUUGAUCCUGAAUAGGGGGGACAGUUUGGCGAAAGGAUCUUCCUUGCCACUUUUUUCCUCGAAUGACGGUAUAAAGUUUGAAUGCGUUGCGCCUCAGCGGGGUUUGACUACACUACACUACACUACAGUACACUACACUACACUACACUACACCACACUACACUACUCUACACUACACUACACUACACUACACUACACUACACUACACUACACUACACUACACUACACUACACUACACUACACUACACUACACUACACUACACUACACUACACUACACUACACUACACUCGAAUUAUUUUAGGGCACAAUUGCUAGUGAAUUCAGCGCAAUCUACUUUGCGUGCCGUGGUUUCCGUCUCUGUCUGCUGGGAUUUCAUAAUCAAGUGCGGCGGCUAAAUAAACUAAGUGCGUCAUAUGCAGUCAUAUCAAAACAGACAAAAAGAAUCGCCGCGCAAUUAUGAAACAUGUUUUACUUCGUAAUAUUUAGUGCUACAAUAAUAUUGUAUAUUAUCAUUGAAUUGCGCCCUCCCCCCUGUAAAUUAUUAUUAUGUAUAUCUCCUGUGGUGCAAUUUGCAUAAAUUAUGCACGGUUCCGGGUUCCGGUUCCAGGUUCCGGUUCCUGUAUCGCUGUAUCGUUGUAUCGCUUUUUAGUAGUAGCCGUUUGAAAUAUCCCCCGCAACUAAUAAUGCAUGACGAAUGACGUCCUUAAUUCUUAGUCGAGAAUCACAGACGUGACGAAAACCGCCGCUAAAAAAUAUCACAGUUUCGCCUUACGGGUAAAAAAUAUGGAUGGUUGUUGGUAAACAAAGCCAGGGACAUGCGAAAAACAAUGCAACACUAGUCUCCAAUUAUUAGCGGCUGUUUUUUAUGCAUUAAGCUCGCCAAUGACUUGCCGGAUGCAAUCUCUCAGAGUCACACUAAUUACCCUGAUUUCAUGACGACUUGAAGUGCUCUCGAGUUCUCUUUGUUUGGCACAGUGUUGAUUAAGAUAGAUUACAGGAAGAUCUCGAUGCUUUAUAUUGUUGCUGAUGGAAGUUUUGAGUGUACUUGUUACAUUUGACCUUAGCCAGGACCUGCGACCCUCGAUCAAGGCGAAAAAUAUUUGGGUGUGUGACUUUCUCAGUACAAUUUUUGAAUUCUGUUUAUGGUAUACCUAAUACAUUCAAUUGCUGAAUUUUUUAAUAAAAUCAAUAAACAAAUAAACAAAAUUUUUUCAAUCCUUACUAAGUUUGACCGGGCCUGCUCUUUGCAUUUCUGGGUACUUAUGGACACUGUGUGACUGUGAUACCAAUAUAUCCCGGCUCUAUUGAAAAGCAUGACAAGGGUCUAUUUUAAUUGAAAACCCUGUUUAUUGUACAAAUCGCACCAGAGCAUAGAUAUCCUAUCUACACUAGAUAGCGCAUCUCUUUUAGUAAAAUUGAAGCCAAGAAUAUUCCAGCGGUUACCCCCAUUUGAAUAGAUGGCGGCCAUGUUGGAGUUUCCCACUUGCUAAUAAACGCUUAAAAAACAACAAUAACUUUCAUGAUUUACGAGUCUUCUCAUUUCAUGGGAAUAUCCUGAAUCUGCAAUCACGGCUUCAAUUUUUGAAUUGCAGAAUAAUUAGAUGCACUAUCUAGUGUAUUUUCAAUAAUCACCUAUGUAAUUAUACUAAUUAGAGUUAUUACAUUGUUGGUAAGCUAAAAAGAAGAUAAUCCAUUAUUUACAUGAUUUAUAAUGACCUAUAUAGACAGGUUCAACAAUUUGACAGAUUUAAAAAUUUCAUCUCAUUAUAAAUGUUGAACGUGGGCCAUGUUGUUCUGGCUUCAAAAUUGGCUCAUUGAGUUCAAGAGAAUGCUCUAUCCAGUUUUGAACUGUCUGUGCCUGUUCAGGUAGCGCCAAUAAUAUUAACAAGCUUUCGUUGGCAUGCAACUAUACCUAGGGAUGCAACUACCUGAAAAAUAUAAGGAGAAUUUCGACGUUUCGAGCGAAGGCCAUUCCUCUGGAGUUCUUUUCAGAUCAGUGAGCGCAACGAACUGACACGCUAUCCCUAAAGCCCUAUCGUUUAAUAUGUUUUUAUAGGAACCUUAUCGACAACUAAAGCAGCGAGUGGAAAGUCACGUGGCAACAUUCUUAUCCAAGCAAACAUUCAGUGCAAAUUUACCAAAGAACCAGCUUCGUACAAGCCUUAGAGCCAACAUAAAUCAGUAAGAUAGUAAACGUUGUGUUGUUUGUCAAACCUGUAAUGAAGUAGCCUGCGUUGCAGCAUAGUUGCAGGCUCCCGUUAGCAGGAGCGCCGGUGUCACAGGAGAUUCGCCCCCCCAGGAGAUUCGCCCCCCCUCUCAAAAGGGGGGCGAUAUUCCUAGGAUAUUCGCCCCCCCGGGGCGAAUCUCCUAGGAAUAUCGCCCCCCUUUAGGAAUUUCGCCCCCCCAUAUAAAUUUUGAAUUUUUGAUCUAAAAACAAAACGAUUGCAAGUUGAAAAGAUUUAUUGUGUGAUUUAUUUAUUUAUUACAAGGAGACAAAAUUACAUACACAUUUUAGGCUUCUUAGCAGCUGGUGGUGUACACAGUCUGCAUAACCACUCAUUUGAGGUACUUAGACUAGUGUCAUAUUCUACACAUCUAAAGUGGAACCAUCACAGAGAUCGCAUAAAAUCAUGUUGUCGUAUUCUUCUGGCAGUUUACAUUCACAUAACAUAUUAUAAAAACAAUCGCUUGCAAAUUUUAUCAAUACGAGUGUUAACAAUAGCCGCCACAGUAAUCACUUGCUAACAAUAAACUAUAGGAUUAGUAAAAAAUCCAUGGAAUGUGUUGGGAAGCGUAUUGACUAUUUUCCGUUGAAUCGUCAACUUUCCGUGUCAGUGAUAUAAUCUUAAUUCUUCACUUCCGCAAAGAAAAUGGCAUUAUAUAUGUGGUGUGGUUUAUUCAAAUAAUUUCAUGAUACUUUGAUUUUAUUAGUGCAUGCCUUAAACAUUUGAGAAUGUAACUCUGCAAAACUAAAAGCUUUCUUGUCUUUUUUGAAACGUAUAUUAUUGGAUUAUUGCCUAUUGGCAAGUUCUACCCUUCGCUUCUGAGAUUUAUAAACUAUAUUGAAAUAAUGCAAGUAAAAAAUAGUGACAAACCAUACAUUUUCCGAUAACGACAAAACGUGGAUGCAAAACAAUACCAAUAAUUACAAUAACCACCACGGUGAUUACUUUUUAACAAUGAGUUUAAGGAUUAACACUGAAAAUGCAAAAUAUGCAUGGUGUGCUGUGAAGCGUCAUAAGUCCUAUUGAUCUACUGUAACUGUGUAAAGCCCUUUCGAUACAUGUAAUUGUAAAUUUGUAUUCUUACAUGCAGGGCUUGAAAUAACGUUCCCAAAGUUCCCGACCAUGGUGAUCGGCAGUCGCGACUUUCCCUGCUUUUUUUCAGGUUGGAAACCGAAACUCUGCUUUUCCGCCGAUCAUAAGCAAUUCCUUGCCGAUCAUUGAUCGGUGAUCGGUUGUUAUUUCAAGCUCUGUCUUAACAAUUUUGAAUUGAUACUGAUUUCAAAUGAUUAAAGCCAUGUAAUAGUUAUCCCAUGCAACUGUUAGGAAGGGCGAAAUUUUGAACGGAGGACGACAGUCCUAAAGAAAAGGUGAAGUUUCUAAAGGGGGGCGAAUUUCCUAAAGGGGGGCGAAAUUCCUAGGAUUUUCGCCCCCCUGGGGGGGGCGAUAUUCCUAGGAAUUUCGCCCCCGGGGGGCGAAAAUGUAGGGGGGGCGAAAAUCCUGGGACACCGGAACGGCCCGGAAGCAACGUGAAGUGGCAGGGGCAGGCUGACAGUCAUUCAAAAAGCACACGUACUUUUGAGCCUGGGCGGUAAUGUUGGUUAAAAUUUUGCUGUACAGUUACUUGAUUGCUUGUAGCCCAUAUUUAUACAGUUGAUAAAUUUCGGCAUUGAUUGGAACAAUUUUAUUCGUUGCAUGACGCUAGUAAAAGACGAAAAUGCACUGUAAAACUACAUGACAACUUGUCAAUUAUGUAGGAAGGCUUUCAUUUUGACUUUUUUUUCAUAAACGUGAAAACCUUGGUAACGUUUCUGAGAGGAAUUUCAGAUUCAAAUUUUUGCUAAAUUUCUUGAAAACAGUUCUCAAUAUAUUUCAAUUCAUAUGAGUAAAAAAGGCAACCUGCUGGCCCCGUGCUUUUCCUUUUCUAUUAAAUUCGAAGACUAAAAUAUGUAACCUAAAAUUAGAUUCUCAUUUCUUGGUAAGGUCGGAGGUUUUAUCGAAAGGUGUCGACCGUCUUCUCGAACAAGUACUGGUUGAGAAAAGUAGCAGUUUUUACAAGGAAAUCGAAAACCUCGUUGAAGAGCAUCUCAUUGGUACGGGGCACUACACUCGGUAUGAACGAGACAGACCGCAAAGGUCAGACGCACAACCAAGAUCCGAACUCACCAAGUUAAGCGAUAAGGAAGUCGAGGAUAUUAUCAAGGAAGAGACAAACAAACUUUUGGAAGCGAGUGCUGAUGAGAAAUCUCAAGAAUCUGACAGAGGUUCAUUUGUGGAUACUCCUCCCCCCGGAACGAGUGGUGAGGUCAUCGAAGUGGAAACACUAAUCAGUACUAUUGACGAUAAUGACGGUGCGCAAACAUCUCAGGUUUUGGGUACAAAUGUUGAAGCGAUUGUAAAUUCGACACCGGAGUUAAGUACGGGAAAGCCUAGCGUAGAAAUGUCCGCGUCGGAAGAGUCUGCUUUGAAAGAUGAAACCCUAAAGAACCUCCAAGCAGAUGAGUCAAAGGUUUCCAACGCUCAAAAUGCUGACGAGAUUUCGCAGACAGACGUAAGCAAAGGUCAACAGAUGCUUGCGCUUUAUAUGUCUGAGAAAAGCGCAAGUGCUGAGACCGGCCAAAUAUCUCAGAAACCUGAGAUAAUUACCGAGUCUAAUCCAGCAAGCGCAUCAGCAACUCUCGAUGGUGGCCUGCAAAAUAAAAAUGAAGCUAUGGACAUUGAUGACGAACUUUCUAGUUCUACCCAAAAUACAUCUGAGAUUCAAGGAAAAAUAGAUGAAAACAUACCGGAAAUUGAAAGGUCAGAUGAUUGCAAACCAGCUGUGGAAAAAGCUCAAAGUGCGGUUGCAACAAUCGUACAGACAUCAUUUACAGAACAGCGUGAUAUCCCAAAAGGGAGUACUCUCGAAAUAGAUUUGCAAGCAGUUAAACCCGGCAGUGAACUGAAAGAAAGCAAAGCAGAGACGAAGGACGCAAAUAUUGUAGAAAACACUACAGCAGAAAUGAAGGAAGCGAAGAUAUAUAAACCCAAAGUUUAUAAUCCAGAAGCUACUAAUCCAGAUAAACCGGAAGCGAAUCUGAUAAAACACGAAGAAGCUAAAUUUGAAGUUGUCAAGUCGGGAGAAGUAAAACCGGAAAUAGUUAAACCAGAACUUGCGAAACCGGAAGUCAGCAUACCGAAGGUGGACAAGACAAGAAAACCAGAAGUAGAUAAGUCAAGCGUUGUUAAAGCGGACGUUUCCAAAGUGGAAACUGGCAAGCCGAAAGUGGACAAGGUAUCGAAACCGGAAGUAAAUAAACUGAGAAUAGUUAAACCGGAAGUUGGCAAGUCGAAAGUGGGUAAGAGACCGGAAGAGAAAGCCAAGAAAAAAACAGAGAAGCAACAGAAUAAACUCAGUUCAGAAGAAUCCAUGAAAUCAUCUACAAAGAAACCAAUUUCAAUGCCGAACAUUUUUUCAAAAGAUAAAGUAACUGACGAAGACCUAGGAAUUCCAUCAGCCGACAUUCCGGGAAAUGAGCCUGAGAAAAGCAAGCCGGAAUUAUCCGAAGACGAUAUUGUGGAGUCUGACUCUGAUAUUACUGUAAGUUCAGUUCAUACCAGCGAUCUUUCGUCAUUAGAAGAUAGCAUGAGCGAUAUGGAAUACGAGGAUUACCAAGAACUUGUACUGAAGAAAAGCAAGGACAAAGAAUCUGGUGCAACUACCAGUAAGGAAAGUGAAGAAUCUGGUGCAGGUACGGUGAAAGUUGAUAUGAAGGAGAAAACCGAUGGGAGGAAAUCUGCUGAAUCUGGUGCAGGUACUAGUACUAACGUUGGUGGUGAAUCUGGUGCAGGUACUAGUGAAAAAGUUGAUACUAAAGAGAAAAGUGAAGGAAAGUAUUCUAGUGUAUCUGUUGGAGAUACCGCUAAGACAAGUGAUAUUAAUGAGAAAAAAUCUAGUGCAGAUACCAGUAUGAAAAGUGAUGAUGGAUGUAGUGUGACCACCAGUAAGAGUAGUGAUCAAUCUGAUAUCAAGGAGGAAAGCGGAGACAAACAAUCUGGUGUAGAUAGCAGUAAGAAAAUUGACAUCAAAGCGAAAGAUGAAAAAUUUGGUGAAUCUGGCGCAGAAACCAAUGAGAAAACCGAGGGGAUGAGUAAAGAGAAUAAAGCUGGUGAAUCUGUAACAACUGUCAGUAAGGAUAGUGAUGAUGAAUCUAGUGAAGUUGUCAGUGAAAAAAAUGAUAGCAAAGAUACGAGAACUGAUGAAUCUGGUGUAGCUACCGAUAAGGAAGUUGAUAGCAAUGUUGAGCUUGCAGAAAACACCACAUCAGCUCUUGCUCAAGAUUUGACUACAACUGACUCUCCACAGACGACUGAGGAAAAACCUUCAGAUUCCACAGACAGUCCUCUGCCAGCUUGCCAAGAGGAUGAAGACAAACUCUGCUCAAAAGGUGAAGAGCAAACCAAUUUGCAGUCACCAAUGAGCGAUCCUGCCUUAUUCAAACCUAUUGAUCCAGCGGAACCACAAGUUUUUCCAGAGCCUGAAGAUUCACAGCAUAACGAACCAGCCUAUGCGCAGGCUACGGAUGACGCAUCAGAUGCUGAUAAUGAAACCACUAUGGAAGAUUAUGAUAUCGGAAGUAUCAAAUUAGGUAAGGCCUAUUGUAUGGGUAAGUUUAUUCUGUUGUAAUAGUUGUAUAGGUGAGUUUCAAUUAGCGCUUUUAAACGGUGAUGAGGAGUUGAGUCAUGACUCCCGAUGUCAUAUAUUUAAAGUCUUGGCCAAACGAGGGUGACAGUUGAAGAGAGUAGGCAAGGGAAAGUUCACAUGAGAGUUGACCGGAUAUUUACCGCGCGAAGCAAAAGCUCUCGUCAACUCUUAUCAAAAUUUGAGCCAGCUCAAAACCUGAAACAAGGUUAGAAACACUUCGACACCGGAGGGAAAGCCCUCUGAUCGAAAGGUUGGCUGCUAGCAACCUCGGAACGUUUUUCAGAUAGUUCAGUCAGUGAAGUUUGGACCCAAUCCACAACAGCUUAUUGUUGCUUAUUGUAGAAUACUACCCGCAAAUAUUAACCUUUUCGAUUGUUUCCUGUUAUGUGACAUUCAUGCACAUUGGAGAGGUUCAGAUUUGUCUUCCACUAGUACACAUUUGAUUGGUUAAUUGGGCAGAUAAACGCAUUUGAUUGGCUGACGGGUAGAUUGAACGCAUUUGAUUGGUUAAAUGUAUCAGUACUGGUUAGUAGUGGAAAUCAUAUCCUCGCUAUUAUUUGAAUAUUUAUAUUUUAUUUUUGUUCAGGGAAACGAAGGCGUUCUCGUCGGUUCUCAAAUGAACAAGAAAGCGAGAGCUCUAAUGACACCACGACACCUACCGAGGAACAAAAAGAAGCACAGCCACAGCGCCGCUCUGCAAGAGUCGCUUCGAAAGACCAAACUAGGCCGGAUGAGAAAGAUGACCACAGCCAAGGGAAUAUACAGAAGGGCGAGGAAGGCGGUGAUUCGUCAAGAAAGUUGCGACGUACGCGAUAUUCCCAAGAGAAAACCCACGAAGUAAGAACCUCGAGAUCCAAAGAGGAAAGACGGAACGAGAAAGCAGAGAAACGCGCAGCAAGACGAACAAGUGAGAGCACGGACUCAGAUAUUAAGCUAUCUAAGAGAUCAAAGCGUACAGUCAAACCAACGAGAUGUUACUCGCCAAGCGAAAACAGUUAA